AUGGCUGGCCUCGGUGAAGGUAGUCAAAAAAAGCGAAAGCUCACAGACGUUCCUGAACUUGAAAUCGAUGUGUCCGCUCCUGAGCCUCCGUCGAAAAAGGCUUUGCGUAAAGCCAAAAAGAAGAUUGCCGAGCCUACAGCAGAUUCUACAACGAAGCAAGAGGGCGCUGUGCCCAGCAAAAAGCAAGAAGACGAAGCGCCCCAAAAACGUUCAGACUACGGCAUCUGGAUUGGAAACCUGGCCUUUUCGGUGACCAAAGAUGAUUUGCGCAAGUUUCUCACAAGCAAUUGCACGUUUGCGGAUACUACAAUCACCCGUAUACAUCUGCCGAAGGGUCAGGAAAAAUUUGGAAAGGCUCAGAACAAGGGCUUCGCUUACAUCGAUCUUGCCAACGAGAAGGCUGUGAAGGAGGCAGUAGGGUUGAGCGAGCAACUUCUAGCUGGGCGCCGUGUGCUGAUUAAGGAUGCAAAGAGUUUUGACGGCAGACCAAAGAAGUCAGAGCAGGAUUCCGCGGCAACUGCGACAAAACCUCCUUCGAAACGGAUAUUUGUUGGCAAUCUCGGCUUUGAUGCUACAAAAGAAAUCAUCGAGGAACAUUUUGGACAAUGCGGUACCGUCACACAUGUACAUGUGGCAACGUUUCAGGAUAGUGGAAAAUGCAAGGGCUAUGCUUGGGUGGAGUUCGAGGAUCUUGCGGCCGCCGAAGCAGCGGUGAAGGGCUUUGUCAUGGUUGAUGAAGACGAGGAAGAUGAUGAGGGCUCCGGAGAAGAAGAGUCCGCAAAGAGCAGGAAAUCGAAGAAACACAGACAGAGGGUUUGGGUGAACCAGCUUCUUGGUCGACGAAUGCGCAUGGAGUUCGCAGAGGAUGCCACGACACGAUACAAGAAGCGGUUUGGUAAAGAUGGGGAAGGCAAGAAGAACGAUGAUUCCGUCAUUACUGAAGUGGAAGAUGGGCCUCUUGAGCAGGAGUCGACUGGAGACAGGCCGCAAGGGUCACAUCCUGAAAAGCCCAAGCGAAACAACAAGCCUGAAUACUCAAGAUACGCCAAAGAAACCGUGCAGAAGCUUAGCGGUGCUAUUGUCGAACCCCAAGGAAAGAAAAUCACUUUUGAUUGA